AUGUCGAGAGUACAACAAGACACCUUCAUCGACGACACCGAGGAGUUCUGUCCUCUUUGUGUCGAAGAGUUAGAUAUCCAAGACAAGAAUUUCAAACCUUGCCCUUGUGGCUACCAGAUAUGCCAGUUCUGUUUCAACAAUAUCAGGACGAAUUUAAACGGCCUGUGCCCUGCUUGUAGACGAGCGUACAACGAAAAGACUAUUGAAUAUAAACCCAUUCCCAGCGAACAAGUUAGGGCCGAGAAAGCAAAGAAGGAUCGUCAACAGUCGGAGAAACGUAAAUAUGAAGCUCAGAAGCGUGAAGCCGAGGCUCUGAAUCGUGAACGUCUUAGAGGUCUCCGAGUUGUCCAGAAGAAUCUCGUUUACGUUACAGGCCUAAACCCACGUAUCCGUGAGGAGGACUUACUUCAAACGUUAAGAGGUGCACAAUAUUUUGGUCAAUAUGGCAAAAUAAUCAAGAUCGUUGUGAAUAAAAGGACGACGGCCCAGGAUGGACAAGGGGGAGGUAGCAAUAGUCCUGGCCCACAAGGACCGCCGCAAGGACUCGGGGUUUAUGUCACAUUUUCUAGGAAAGAAGAUGCACAUACCUGUAUUGCAGCCGUAGAUGGAAGUCAAAACGGUGACAGAACCUUAAGAGCGACCUACGGAACUACGAAAUACUGUUCUGCUUAUCUUCGCGGCGAAGCUUGUCCUAAUAAGAAUUGCAUGUUCUUACAUGAGCCGGGAGAAGAGGCCGAAUCUUUUGAUCGCCAAGGGCUAUCUGAAUACAAUACCCGUAUGCAUACAGCAUCUACACGGGGACCAGCGCCACAGCAACAGCCUCCAGUUGCAGCAGCGGCACCGUCCCAUCCACCGCCUUUACACCAGCAUGGCGCUCAAAUGACCAGAAUAAGCUCACACCAAGGGCGCUCCGGCACCCCUGAUGGCGGAGAAUCGUCUGCUUUACCAUCAACAGCAAACUGGGCCAAGAAUCCACCGACACCUGCAGUAAAAUCCGCAGUUCCUGUACCUCAGCAGCAAGUUAUCUCUGCCACUGUAUCAAAGGUUUCAACACCUAGUCCAAAGACUGCACCCGCAGCUCCAAUGGUACAAAGUCGCAGCCAAGAGAGUGGGAAGAGUGCUGCUAGUGGGAGUAAAGGUUCAACAUCAACGACAACUACAUCCAGUACUUCGAAUAACAACGGGAAAUCUCCCAAUGUAGCUACAGAUAUAGAUAUCGAGAACAUCCCGCCAAUGUUUGAUCGUCAUGGUGGAAAGCGUAGGAGAGAGAUUGCAGAAAAGAUGAGAAGUCAGCAGGAUCGUGGUCACGAAGAGCCAGUGGAAGAGGUUUCACAACCCCAGCCACCUGUUGGUACCAUGUCAGGGGCUCCAGGGCUACCUCUGAACGUAGCAGGGAGAGGAGCAACCCCACUACAAAGGGAUCCUCUUGCAUUGCUAAAGGAAACUGCAGCAAAUCAGCAACAAGGGCUUGGUGCGUUUCAACAACAAGAGAACAUCCAGCAGCAACUCCAACAGCAGCAGCAGCAGCAGCAGCAGCAACAGCAGCAGCAACAGCAGCAGCAGCAGCAGCAGCAGCAGCAGCAGCAGCAGCAGCAACAGCAGCAGCAGCAACAGCAGCAGCAACAAAAUUCAAUGAGGGUACACACUCCAGGCGGUCUGCUUCAUCAGCAACAGCAAGCGUUUAAUCCAUUCCAAGCUGGUGCUGCCUCUUUAGGUGGCCCAGGACAACAAUCACACUCUGGUUCUAUGCACGCGCGCCAAUCUUCGAGAUAUACAUUUGCCAAUGAGAAUCCGGCCUCAGCGGUAACCUCCGUCAACCCUCGUGGUAAUGCUGUCCAUAUGGCCGAACAAGUCCGUAUGAUGCCUCAACAGGCACAGCAACAACUACACAAUCAACAGCUUGCUGCACAGUUCUAUGGGGCAACAGGGGGUGCUCCAGGCCUUGGUGGCGGAAUGUUGGGCGGAAACGUUCAACAACCGCCUCCAGGAUUGAAGAGUGCUCCCACUCCGCCCGCACCGGGAAUGGGAAUACCUAUGGGAGCUUUGCAUGGUCUUGGUGGACAAUUUAGCGGAUUGGGACUGGGCGGUCAUCAUGGAAAAAGCGAGAAUUCGGAAGUGUUAUUGAGGGAGUUUAUGAGGGGAAGUGGUGCUAGUGGACUUGCCAAUUCUGGAAGUGGGCUAGGAAGAUCCGGAGAUGGAAAACUCGAUCUUGUUGAUCCUAGUAUUCUCCAAGCUAGGGUCGCCCAACCUCAACAGCAACAACACCAGUUACACCAUCAAGGACUUCAAGCUGGAAACACCCAAGGACAACAAGGUUUCGGUCUCAAUAUCAGUACGGGUUUCUUUUCCCAGAACCAGUCUCAAACACCAUCGCGAAAUUUGACCCCUGGAAUUAUCGACGAGGAAGAUUUCCCAGCCCUAGCACCUCCUAAAACAGCGGCAAUAACGAAACCAACUGUACCUGUAGCUAUACCUGCUAUCUCAAUCCCAUCGAAAAAAGUAGCCACGAGUAAGCAGACAACAAGCGUUGUCUCAAAAAUUCCCACUUUGCCUUCCGCAUGGAAAACAAAAACAGAUGAGGAGGCGUCGAUGUCGGGGUCCUCAGCAGCGUUACUGCCAGCUUCACCUAGUACAAAAAGACUAGAGUUACCCAAGGUUGAUACGUUUCCAACUAUCAUUGAUGUUGUGAAAGACGAGACAGCACCGAACCUGGCUACAGCCCCUCGCAUGGUCAGAAUUCUCCCGACACAAGCUGGGUUUAAAAGUGCGAACUCGGAGAGUGCAGUAUCAGAAACAGCAUCAGUAUCGGGGAUGUCAAGUAGACCUGUUUCCCCUCCAUUACAAUCCCAGCAACAACCACAGAAGAAGAGCAAAAGCGCGCUUAAAAGAGAACGCCGCAGGGAAGCCGAGGAGAAGGAACGUGAGCUGCAGCAAGAAAGAUUAAAAAAAGUGGAGGAGGUCCAUGCCCCUAUCAUUGGAAGAAUGAAGAAGAAGGAUAAGAAGCGUGCUGAUGGAAGUAUCGAGAGCCCUCCAAGCCCUCAUACGACGGAGAAGCUGGACGCCCCCCAGAUGCCUAUGCCGGAGAAGCGUGAUACACCUACAAAUUCUGCAGUCGGCACGGCUACUGCAACACUAGCGCAGACAGAAUCUGAAAAGCCCCCCGCGUCAAAUAAGACUGUGGCUCAACUUCUUCAAGAGAUCAACGAUAUUCACUUCGCUACUCUCGAAAUGUUUAAACCAAUAGUAGGCAUCAGGUAUGAGCUCCAUAUAACGGCGGACGAACUCGCUCAGAUCAAGAUUCGCGAUGAUACCAUUUCCAAGUCCGAACCUCAAGGGCAACAGUUGAAGCAUUCUGGAACAACGGGGAUAAAUCUCCGUGGAGGCGGUACAAUUACGAUGCACCAACUUGUGACUCCCGGUGGUAAUGUCCUUACUGGCCUCACACAACAACAAGAAGAUCAUUUUUUGAAACUGGAAGAAAGUCGAAAGCGUGAAAAAGCAUGGGAGAGGUAUCCUACAACCAUGAAGGAGUGGAAAUGGAUGCCAAAAAAUACAUUACUGGCGGAGAUGAAGGGGGGAGGCGAGGGAAAGGUAACUUUGGAGGAAUUGAAGGAAAAGGUCAUCGCAGCAAGAAAAGAAACAGAGGCUUUCGAGAAGAAACUCGAGAAGUUAUUGAAAAGGAAUAAGAAGCUGGUUGGCUUGGCUUAA